UACGAAAUAAUUGAGUUUAAGCGGAGGCAGGACCAUGUCGUAGUGUCGCGUUGGUUUCCCAUAGAUGGCACGUCAGAGUCCCACCCCUAAGUCAACUCAGUCGGUGCCUCCGUCACAUUCCUGUAGCUGCGGGUUGUAGUCAUAUGAACAGCGUCAGCGGACCAACAAGAAAGCUGCCUGAACAAUAACACUACAUCAGAGCAAAAUGAGUUGCUCAACAGGCCUCCUCUUCACUUGAUAAAGUAACCACUAUUGUUGAAAUCGGAGAGUGCCCAUCCUUUCCACACUGGACUACGUUCCCCAUCUCCUCCCGACUUCAUCUUCCAGGCUCCAUCGGAUCAUUAAAGAGGCGGUUGCUAAGAGAUGACGGGCGGUGACAUCGUUGAGAGCCCCUGAUGUUGAGCAGCCUGAAGCUCCGCUCCUGGUUCACGCCACCUAGCUGCCGUGUGACAGAGCUCCGGGGACGAGGGGACGAGGGCCCACUCACUUUCAGACUAUGGCCGCCUGUAUCAAAACCAGUGCAGCCGCCAGCAACAGCACCAACACCACUACCGCCACCACUGCCACCACCCACACCACUGUGGGGGGGACCGCAGAGCCCAGCCCGGUGAGCGUGGAAGAACCAGCAUUCAGGAAUGGGGACGCGGCUUCCCCCAGCAGCAGUACCAGUACCAUCAUGGAGAAGACCCGGGAGCUGUUCCAGAUGUGUGAUGUGGAGGGAAAGGGCUUCGUCACCCGGCGGGACUUGCAGCGGUUAAACGUUGAGGUGCCCCUCAACGCGGACGAGCUGGAGAAGGUGUUCGACACCCUGGACACUGACGGAAACGGCUACCUCACACUCAACGAGUUCUCUUCUGGCUUCAGUGAGUUCCUGUGUUCCCAGAGGAGCUCGGUGACGGAGGAGGCUAGGAGGCCGAGCAAAGGCAGGUCAGAAGCCAUGUCCCAGAGCCAGUGGGAGACCAAGCUGGUGGCCAGCGAGGAUGAGGAGGAGAAACACUUCUGCAUGCUCAUGGAGUCUCUGGGGGCAAGCAAUGUGUUUGAAGAUCCCAGUGAGGUGCGCAGUCUGUGGGCUCAGCUGAGUCGGGACGAGCCCCACCUCCUCUCUAACUUCGAGGAGUUCCUGGCCCGGGUGACCGUGCAGAUCAAGGACGCCAACCAGGAGAAGAGGGAGAUGGAGAGCGCCAUGAGAAGGAAAGCGGCCACACACGACGACGAGAUCCAGUCCUUGUAUGAGGAGAUGGAGCAGCAGAUUAAAGAUGAAAAGGACCGUAUCCUCCUGCAGGAUUCCGAGCAGUUCCUGACUCGCAGCCAAGACCUGGCGGUCCAGCUGUCCAACAAGGAGAGCGAGCUGGACCAGCUGUUCCAGAAGCAGAGCAGGUUGGAGCGGCAGUGCACGGAGCUGCACAGCGAGCAGCACGUGACCAAAGAGGAGAACGUGAAGCUGAGGCAGACCAACGAGGAGCUAGUGUCGGAGCUGGACCUCACCAACCAGGAGCUGGCGCUGGCCCAGGAACAGCUGGGCCAACUGCAUGAGCAGUCCUCACGCCUCCAGCAGCAGAAGGAGAUGGAGAUGUACAGGAUCACUGAGGGUCUGCAGAGGGAGCAGGCCAGCCUGAUUAAACAACUGGACCUGCUGAGGGAAAUGAACAAACACCUUCGGGAUGAACGUGACAUGUGCUACCUGACACCAAAGAACUCUGUGCCAAACCAAAAUUGCAGCCAGAUGCCGUUUUUAAAUACUGUGAAUCCUACAACAAAGCGGUUAAGCGAGGAGGUCAGAGGGAUCCCCCGCGCAGCCAAGGACGCCCCCCCAGCCAGCAGGCCAGCGCCCCUGUGGACCCCCAGCCAGGGGGAGGCUGCGGAGGGCCGGAAGGGGGGGCGCUCCAGAGGACACCUCCAGAGGAUCAUCUCCAUCGAGGAGGACCCCCUGCCCCAGCUGCUGCAGGCCGCGCCCCCGCUGCAGACCUGGAGCCGGGUGGAGGAGGAGGUGGAGGAGGUGGAGGAGGCGGAGGUGGAGGAGGAGGGCAUGGACUUGGUGAUGAGCGAUAUCCGCUCCCCCGCGCCCCAGGCAGCACGGGACAAAGACGCGCCCACCUCCCCCCGAGGUCAGCCGGUGGGCAAGGAGACCAGCUUUAAGGAGGAAGCGGCAAUUUUGCCCCCUGACCGCCUCUUCAAGAUCAUUCUAGUGGGGAACUCCAGCGUUGGGAAGACCUCCCUCCUGAAACGCUUUUGUGACGACUGCUUCCACCCCGGUACCUCGGCUACUGUGGGCGUGGACUACAGUGUGAAGACAAUACUGGUGGACAACAGCCAGGUGGCGCUGCAGAUGUGGGACACGGCAGGGCAGGAGAGGUACCGCAGCAUCACCAAGCAGUUCUUCCGCAAGGCCGACGGCGUGGUGGUUAUGUACGACAUCACGUCUGAGCUCACUUUCACCGGCGUGAGGCAGUGGUUGACCAGUGUGCAGGAAGAUGCAGAUGAGGAAAUCCCUGUAAUGAUCCUGGGGAACAAAACAGACAAGGAGAGGGAGAGGGAGGUCCAAACUGCAGCGGGAGUGAGACUAGCUAAGGACGGCCAGUUCAUUUUCUAUGAAUGCAGCGCAUGCUCGGGACACAAUGUGAUGGAAUCCAUGGUGCAUAUGGCGAGGAUACUGAAGGAACAAGAGGACAGAGCCAAGGAGAAGACGGUCCUUCUGGCGCACAGCCCCUCACAGAAGACGCGUGCGUGCUGCUGACCACACACGCAUGCACACGCACACACGGUGAAGUCCGUCUCUGGAUGUAGUAGACUUUGCAUGAACUUUUAGACCGCAAACUCUGUUCUCCCACUCCCUUUACUGUCAGCUCACAGACCCAAUGGUUCAGUCGCACAUUCAAGAGCAUAUUUUAAAGAUAUUUUAUUAAAAAUAUAUAUAAAUGGUUACGUGUAAACAGUAAAAAUAGAUUAAAAUUGUAUUUUUGUAGUAGUGUUGUACAUAACCCGAUGUUAUUACUGAUGUUCUAUUGUUGGAUAUGUUGUCAGUGUUAUUUAUCAAAGAUCUUGUGCCAGUCAUUGUAUUGAUUGUAUUGGCCACCACACGUAUUUAUUUAUCAUCAAUGUAUCUUUAGCAGGCCCAAGAUAUGAAUGAUUAGAGGACUGAUGGAAAGACCAAGGAUGUACAAUGGGUUUUACUGUUUGGCAUUGGACUAUUGUCACGCUGCACUUUGAAACGGUUAAUAGCAGAAAUCAUAGUAACAAUACAAUCACUUUAAUUUCAUAGCACCUUUCAUUACAAUUCACAAAGUGCUUCACAUUAACACAUGGCAAUGACAGUAUAAUGUAAUGAAAGAAUGGUGAUCAUAGGAAAACUGAAUAACAAAUAUGGGCUUAACUGAGUGCCUCAUUAACCUACUGUAGCGUCAUCGUGUUCAUGUGGAAUCAUUGUUUAUUCAUGUUAAUUGUGGAAUUUUGAACGGCUCAUUCAACCAAUUAUCCUAAUGUUUAAAUUCCCCAUUACAUUCUUAUAGCCUUCUGACUAUGUGGCCAUCGAGAUUCACCAGCAUUUCGCAUCAUUAGGGGAACUUGUUUUGUCUGCUUAAUGCUUGAAUGGCUCACGAUUCAGACUUGUACUUCUAAUCAGCGCAGGGUGUUCCCGACAUGUUGUGAGGCACAUAACCCUGACAUUUGGUCUAAAUAAAGUGUUGAGCGGGACAAUGGG